AGAAGGCAAAUCAGCCCGAGACCCAAGACCGAGGCACCCUUCACGUGGCAAUCUGGCGCAGAUCGGGGUGGUGGAGUGUUGGCAAGCAAGCUCAGUGAUUGAGAUUUUUGCUUUGGGCCGCAUAGAAUCAGCCACCGCUUCUCUGAAGACGAUCGUAUGUGGCAGCUGCAUCAGCUGCAUCAACAGCAGCAGCAGCAGCAGCAGCUGUUGCGCCGGUUGCCACACGCUCCACAAAACCACCUCCAACUCAUUGUCGAGUUCGUGUGUGUGCAUCCUAGACUUUCAGUUUUUCGGUUUUGCCUCAUAUAAAUACGCCAUGUGGCAGCUACCACAGAUCAGUCAGAAUUCGGCGCUGCUUCCAAGCGCUAGUCUCAUCCCAAAGAUUCCGAUCAGUCCGUAGCACAGCUUCAGUUCCAGCUCCAGCUUCAGAUACCAGUGGAAUAUGUUCAAGUUACUCGGCUUGACGCUGCUCAUGGCGAUGGUGGUCCUUGGGCGACCGGAGCCACCAGUUAACUCGUAUCUACCUCCGUCCGAUAGCUAUGGAGCACCGGGUCAGAGUGGUCCCGGCGGCAGGCCGUCGGAUACCUAUGGAGCUCCUGGUGGUGGAAACGGCGGACGACCCUCAGACAGCUAUGGCGCACCAGGCCAGGGUCAAGGACAGGGACAAGGACAAGGUGGAUAUGGAGGCAAGCCCUCAGAUUCCUAUGGAGCUCCUGGUGGUGGAAAUGGCAACGGAGGUCGUCCAUCGAGCAGCUAUGGCGCUCCUGGCGGCGGAAACGGCGGUCGUCCUUCGGAUACCUACGGUGCUCCUGGUGGCGGAAAUGGUGGACGCCCAUCGGACACUUACGGUGCUCCUGGUGGUGGUGGAAAUGGCAACAACGGUCGACCUUCAAGCAGCUAUGGAGCUCCUGGUCAAGGACAAGGCAACGGAAAUGGCGGUCGCCCAUCGAGCAGCUAUGGUGCUCCUGGCGGUGGAAACGGCGGUCGUCCUUCGGAUACCUACGGUGCUCCUGGUGGUGGAAACGGUGGUCGUCCUUCGGACACUUACGGCGCUCCUGGUGGCGGCAAUAAUGGCGGUCGUCCUUCAAGCAGCUACGGCGCUCCUGGUGGUGGAAACGGUGGUCGUCCAUCUGACACCUACGGCGCUCCUGGUGGCGGAAACGGAAACGGCAGCGGUGGUCGUCCUUCAAGCAGCUAUGGAGCUCCUGGUCAGGGCCAAGGUGGAUUUGGUGGUCGCCCAUCGGACUCUUAUGGUGCUCCUGGUCAGAACCAAAAGCCUUCUGAUUCAUAUGGCGCCCCUGGUGGCGGCAAUGGCAGCGGCGGACGUCCUUCGAGCAGCUAUGGAGCUCCAGGCUCAGGACCUGGUGGCCGACCCUCCGACUCCUACGGACCCCCAGCCUCUGGAUCGGGAGCAGGUGGCGCUGGAGGCAGUGGACCCGGCGGCGCUGACUACGAUAACGAUGAGCCCGCCAAGUACGAAUUUAAUUACCAGGUUGAGGACGCGCCCAGCGGACUCUCGUUCGGGCAUUCAGAGAUGCGCGACGGUGACUUCACCACCGGCCAGUACAAUGUCCUGUUGCCCGACGGAAGGAAGCAAAUUGUGGAGUAUGAGGCCGACCAGCAGGGCUACCGGCCACAGAUCCGCUACGAAGGCGAUGCCAACGAUGGCAGUGGUCCCAGCGGUCCCAGCGGACCUGGAGGUCCUGGCGGUCAGAAUCUGGGUGCUGAUGGCUACUCCAGCGGUCGUCCCGGCAAUGGAAAUGGCAACGGAAAUGGCGGUUACUCCGGCGGACGUCCAGGUGGCCAGGAUCUGGGACCCAGUGGAUAUUCCGGUGGUCGUCCAGGCGGUCAGGAUCUAGGCGCCGGUGGCUACUCCAAUGGCAAGCCGGGCGACCAAGACUUGGGACCAGGCGGUUACUCCGGCGGUCGCCCUGGCGGGCAGGACUUGGGUCGAGACGGCUACUCCGGUGGACGUCCAGGUGGUCAGGACCUCGGUGCCGGCGGCUACUCCAAUGGCAGGCCAGGCGGCAAUGGCAAUGGUGGAUCCGAUGGCGGUCGUGUGAUCAUCGGUGGACGUGUGAUAGGCGGCCAGGAUGGCGGUGAUCAGGGCUACUCCGGCGGACGUCCCGGUGGUCAGGAUCUGGGCCGUGAUGGCUACUCCAGCGGUCGUCCUGGUGGUCGUCCAGGCGGUAAUGGCCAGGAUAGUCAGGAUGGCCAAGGAUACUCGAGCGGCAGGCCGGGUCAGGGUGGCCGGAAUGGAUUCGGACCCGGUGGUCAGAACGGUGACAACGAUGGCAGCGGUUAUCGGUACUAGGAACGACUCACAGACACAUUUAGCUAGAUUCCCCGAACAUAUAGCAAUACCUAGUGUUAAGUCCUUCUAGAACUAUGUCCCCUACCUUUGCCCCUCAUCCUUCCGCAUCUAUUCGUGCCCAUUCUAUCCCACUUCUUGCUGUCUUCCGCCCAUCCAUUCAGCCUGCUCAAUUCCUCGUAGUCGUAAGUCCCUGUUGAUCUAAAUGCAAGUGCGAAAAAUAACCCAAAAAAAGGAAUGAAAUGAUAAAGCUACUUCCGA